AGGAAACAUUAGAGUGGAGAGUCUGUUAGAAAGGAUCAAAGACGUGAAUGUCAGGUGUCCACAGAGGGUCAGUUGAAAAAUACAGAUGAGUCGAUCCGUUAAGGAAAAGAAAUACUUGGAGCUGAACUAAUGACAUGACUUCACCACAGUAAGUGAAUAAUAACUCGAUUCAAAAGUGUAUCACAAGUUCUGAUCUGUAGUGGUGCCAAAAGUUUCUUAACUUCUAUUCAAGGACAUUUUUAUCGUCAUCUAAAGGGCAGGAUGCUAAAAACGUUCGUCUGAAUGGCACGUCAGCUCUUUUUGUUGUUGCUCUGUUUGUAUUGUCAAGCAUUAACCCUUGAGACUUCACACAAACACACACACACACACAAACACGCACAUACUGCUGGACAUUCAUUGAUGUAAUAAACGGCCACACAUCAGCAGAGAAAGUUAUUCCUCUGUGGGGUCUCCGCAGGGACCAAUGGCUCAUUGGAGACCUGCAUAACACGGCUAACAUCCCAGUAAUGAUCAUACAGACAUACAGACGCGCUGUGCAGGAUACAUCAGUGCAGUGUAAAUGAUCUGACACUCAGGCUUUUAUUCUCUAUCAGGCUGAUCUGAGAAACUGGAAACAAUGGAGAAAACGAGACAUUUGGAUGAGGAGGAAUUCAACAAUGAGGGAUUUGGACAUGAGGUGGAGCUGGAGGAUUCUGACCCUGAGGAUGAGGAGGUGCAUGGAUCCACUCCACUCAUCACUGCCUGUCGUAAAAGCCGGACUGAGGUUAGUUACAACUGUGUUCACACAAGAAUGAGUUUGAAGCGUUAUCCAACUACCGAGCUAUUGUACGGUUGAGCAGAUGUGACGUCAGCCCAUUGUUUAGUGGAAUAUUCCAUCAGGUGAGCAUGUUUGUUAGAGGUUUGGGGCAUGGAGAGGGGAGGCAACAGCUCUCUAGGUUGUAUUUUUCCUAUCAAUAACAAAAACACGACUGUGUAUGUGCAUGUGGGAUUUACAUGACCCAAAUCUCCUUCAAUGUGUUACUCUUCCCCUGAGAGCUGUGUUCAAAACAAGCAUGUGACUUACAGCCAACACAUAGUGAGACACUCCCACUGUGUGUGAUCUCCUGUGACAUGAGCUCAUGCCUCUCAUGUAAACACAGAAAUACCUGUGGAGAAGAAAAGUGGGGCACUGACAGUUGUUUAUUGAAUUUUGCAUAUAAACUGUCUUUAUAUAAUAAGAGCUUACAUUACCUUUCAUGUGAUUUAACUUUUUACCUGAUGGGGUUGUUACAGGUCAUACAGAAGCUGAUGAAAUCUGAGGUCGAUGUGACCCUGUGUGACCCCAGACAGCAGACAGCGUUACACGUCGGCCCUCCAGAGCUCCAGGGGAAAGUGUUGGGGUGGAUGUCGAGGCCUCAUCUGCCUCCCCAGGCUCAGCUGCUCCAGGCUGCCUGGCAGGGAGACCUCCACUCACUACAGAGCCUGCUGGUGAGACUGCAACACGAAAUUAGAGGCUGACUGAUCAAGAGUUGAAUUCUGUUUUCAAGACGCAACAUAAGGGAAGUCAGAAGUGUGGUUUCUCUCGGGCGUCUCAUAUCUCAUAUGGACCCUUGACUCUUUUCAGACUGAAUCAAAAUGUUUUAAACAAGUAAAAGUUUACUUGUACUUACUUUACUGUAUUGUACUGACUUUACUUUUACUUACUUUACUUUAUUUACUUUACUGUACCAAAAGUACAGAGAGGUUUUGAGCUGAUUUUAAGUCGUAUUCAGGUCAAAGCGACGAACAAACCGGUCAGUCUCAUGAUGUAAUUAUGUAAAGUGAGAUGUGAUACGAAUCACCAGGUGCUUUAGAAGAACAAUGGCUGAUUGUUAUAUAAGACAUUCAGUUGGCGAGUCUAAAAGAUUUUAAUGCAACCCAAUGUAGAAAUGAAAUCAGGACUUUUACCUUUAUUUUGAAAGGACAGAAAUAUAGAGAGAAGGGGUAUCAUCAUGCAACAAAUUAUGCAAGAACUAGGAAUCACCUGUAGCAACCACCAGGAAUGCUCACAUGCUGAACUCACCUGAAAAGUCAAAGAAACCACAACACAGGUAAUCAUGUUUCUAAGGUAUAAAAGGAGGUAUAAACAAGGUUAAAUCAACCCACAGAAAACUAAACAAACACAUGCUCACAUGGCUGGUUGGGAGAGGAGGGAGAUGGGAUUUCUACGAUGGCCGAGAACUGCCACUGCUGCGAAUAAAAAAAGAAUGCAAAAAAUAAAAGAAACCACAACAGAGGUGACCGAUGAAGAAAAAAGGAACAGUGCAGAUUUUUUCAAAUAAGGCUACAACAGAAGUUAACGACACAAAAGAAAGUGGCAAUGCGAAAAAAAAAAAAAGUUACUCACUGCGAAAAUAAAAGGAUGCAAAUAAAAAAAGCCACAACAGAAGUGAGCUGACGAGGACCAAUAAUGAAAAAUAGCAAGGGGUCUGCAUACUUAUUUCUAUGAGUAAAGCAACUAAACCGUACAGCUACCGCAGACGGUAGCACCUCAGGCGCAACAUGGUCUAGCCAAAUGACACAUUGAAAAGUUUACGAAGCGAAAUUAAACAACAACCUUUCUACUUACUUCUUUGCUCGUCUUCUCGCCGUCGUCUUCUGUGCCUAGAUCGUAAAACCGGUGCUAAUCGUCACUAUUGGUCACUGGCAGCUCACUUCCAUUGUGGCUUUUUUAAAAUUUGCAUCCUUUUAUUUUCACAGUUAGUAACUUUUUUUUUGCAACGUCAUUUUUUUUGCAUUCUUAACUUCUGUUGUGGCUUCUUUGUUUUUGGUAUUCUUUUAUUUGCAGCCGCGGCGGUUCUCAGCCACCUUAGAUUUCCCUCUGCACUGCAUCAACCUAAUCUGCUGCUGUAGAGGAUAGACCCCUCCUGACACAGCCUGCAGAGCCAAAGCUAGUUCUUAAAUCACCUACUAAGUCUGGCAUGUCCCUGUUUAUGUGGGAGCAGAGGGGUAAAAUACGCACAGGCACACUUCAGCAUGGAAAAAGGUUUAACAUAUGAACUUUUAUGUUUCAGUCGACCAUAAAUUCAAACUUUUAUGAUCAUGGAGCCGUAGUAGAAAUAAGCUGACUCUGUGGAUUUUAAGGUUAUAUCCUCUCUUUUGUCACUGCAGCAUUUAUGUGUGAUCUUGUGUCCGUGUGUGUGCGGGUCUCAGGUUCAGACAGACAAAGUGGAUGUGAACGUUCCCAAUAGAGAUGGUGCGACAGCUGUGAUGCUCGCUGUUCGGGACAUUGACCUCUUUGAGGGCAUGGCCCUGACGUUGCCAUGGGAACACAAACCUGUUCAAGUGGUCGAGAAACUGCUGGGACUCUCAGCGUAAGAGGGGACACAUCCAUACUAACAUAAAAACAAUAUAAUGAUGUACAAAAAAGCAAAUGAACACAACAUUGAGCUCAUGCAGAUGCUGCUGACUUUUAUUUUGAAAAGCUAAAAAAAACAAUUUAUAAAUGGUAAAUAGAUAGUUUGUUGUAAGUUAAUAGUUUCUUUACCAUUAACAAGCAUUGAAAUUAUGAUUAGUAAUUUUCAUUAGUUAUUAAUGGACUAUUUAUUAAAGGUUUAUAUAGGGUUUGAAUAUUGGUUGUUAAACAUCGAGAUUUAAAUGUGUGUCAGUAGCACUUUGUAAAUAGUUAAUAUUUGGUUUUUAAACUACCUAUAAACAUUACUUAGAUGGUUAUUGUAAAGUUAGGGUUACGUUUUUAAAACUGUAAGAUUUACAAUUUAAUAAUGGUCUAUAUGCUAUUUAUAAAUGAUGAUUAAAAAUUAAUAAACUAUGUGCUUACCAUUUAUAAAUGGUCUAUUUACCCUUUAUAAGUAAUAGUUAUUGUAAAGUGUUACAAAUAGUUUUAAUCUUGAGCUGUUUUUUCAAAAGGAGUAAACUUUAUUCUUUAAUCCGUCUAUUCUCUUCUAUUCAGUGAUCUGCGGGUUCGAGAUCACGGUGGCUGCUCUGCUCUGAACUACGCCACCAGCAUCAACAGCCCCCUGAAGGAUGAGAUCAUCCACAUGAUGGCUGAGGCACUAAGUCGCUCAGGUACACAGAGAAACUCACACAAAAGAGUAACAACAGCACUUGUUUAUCAGCACGCUCCUCAUAUCCAACUUUGAGUGGUGGAAAAAGACAAGAAACUCAGUCAGGAUUAUCAAAUGCUGGUGCUUUAAGAGCCCCACAGCCUCCCCAUGUCACGCCUUACUCUGGUUACCCAUUCACUGAUGAGUGACUCAUUAAACUCAUGGAUUCAACCCGACAUGUAGCAAGCAUGCUCACAUGGGAAACACCCCCUAUUCAUGGCCAUGCACAUGCAGACACCCGCUCCCCUCUCUCUUACACAGACUUACACACAAGCAGCAUACCAAGUUCAUUCAUAAUCCUGUUUUUCUGAAUAAACCUCUGCAACUGCACUCAAAGCGGCACUUAUGUAGGAGGCGAUAAGAGAGGCUUGUUUGUGUUUUUUUGCGACCAUGCUGCUCAGAGCCUUCAUCAGGAGUGUGUGAGUCAGAGUGAGCUGAUGAAGAAAAAAAAAAAACGUGGCGAGGCAUGGAUGGGGUAAAGAGGUUGAAAACAAACAGGAAAAGGGUAAAAGGUGUUGUUUUAAGCCUGUUACGAAACUUCUGCUUCCUCACCUUGUGCAAACACAGAGGGUACGCACAGGGGUCCACACCCCUGGAGCUCAUGAGGUUGCUGCUAGAAGAAAAAAAAGCAGUUUUCCUCAUUUUGUGUCAGUGUAGAUCAUUAUAAUCUGAUUUUCUGCAGAUGCCGCCACUGACAACUACCCAUGCCGGGAUUUGGACUCAGAGUUUGAGGAUUCAGACAUCGACUUGGACCUUGAAAGCAUUUAUUCACAGCGGUCAGCAGCUGCCACCCCAACGCAGACACCAACCAAUCAGGACGGUUCUACGCUGCACAUCCACACAGAGGUGAGUGGAAACCCUCUCUAGAGGAAAUAUCACUUCUAUGUCAAGAUGCCAAAGAUUCUGUCAAGUAUUGAAAGCCAGAUUUUGUUGUGAUAAAGCUUAGUGGACUGUCCUGGUGUUACCAACAAUUAACAGACACACAAGCAGACAGUGAGUAGUCAGCCAGAGGACAAAUAUCUGGAUGCAGUAAUUGGCUCUUUGGAUAGGUAUGUGAGUCUGCAGGGUUGUGUGUGUGUGUGUGUCAGUGUGUGUGUGUGGAGGAGGGGCGCUCUGGGUAACUGACACUUAGCUGCCAAACUGCUGUAUUAUGGGUGUCCUUAAAGAUGGAGCUGACAGGCAGGCAGCUGGUUAGCCGGAGGAGAAGAGCAGGUGGUUUACGGGGAAAUGCUAUCUAAGUGGCAAAUAACACCACUAUCUCCACAAAUAAGCACAAUGUAUUAAGUUUAAGUGUAAACUUGGUUGCUUUAACAUUAAUGACAUAAAUAAUGAUGACAUAAUGAAAUAUAAUAAGGUAUCUUUAGGUUACACCAGUCUUGCAGGACUUUUACAGGCCUGAAUUAUUCUAAGACUGAGACAUAUAAUUAAUGAAUUGCUCACUUUUGUUCUUUCCAGGAAGUGCCGGACUCUCCAGGGUGCCCUCCUCCAUCCGACCAUCAUAAAAGUCUCAGUCAAGGUAAGGCUCUUUGAGGAACUCCUGGAGUUUUAGUACGGUGUGAUGUUAAGAGUCAAACUUUUAUUCUUUUCUAGUUUUUUUUGACAAGGACAAAACUGUAUCCCCAACGUAAGAGGACAAAAAGUGAGAAAAUACAGCAAGGGAAAAAAGGUGUUUCAGGUAUCGACUAACAUCUUCAAACAGGUCACUUUUUGUGCUGUUUUUUGACCUUUUACACUGACAAGAAAAGACACCGGGCAGCUUCCAAAUAGGCCAUCAGAUCGAGUCACCUCUGAAGGGGAGGGGAGUGCAGGGGGUGUGUUUGGGUGGGAGGGAUCUCACACAUUCAAUACGACCUCUCAGCUGAGGAACCUGCCCUGCCCAUUUAGUACCUCUGCACACCAGCGUGGUCGAGUCACAGGUCUUUUGAAGGGGGAAUUAGAGGGAGCAAAAGUGACAUACAUGUCCCGGGAUAUGAAGGAAUAAACAGGGAGACAAUUUAUCAGAUUGAAACCCAAAACAGGGACUUGUUAUGGGGAAAGAGUGGACCGACAUCAGGCACACAAACAGGUGGUGUGUACAACAUUUUAUCUUCUUGUUAUAUUGUUGUAGACUUUUCUUUUGCAAUUGAUAAAACGUUGCUCUAACUUCUUUUUCCAAACUCUAAUAUUGUGCAUCUGUUUUAUUUUUUAUAAUGUCUAAUACGGAGUACAAUGAGUUUAAGAUCAGGAGGUGUAACUCAAUGUCUGUCUGUGUGUGUGUGUCUGGAGCAGAUAAGGGAAUCCCCCUCUGUUUCGAAAACGCCAUGGAAACGCUGAGUGACAUCAGGCAAGCCUACCAGGAUGCAGGGAGGGGAAGCAGGUGGGCUGGCCUGCACACACACACACACACACACACACACACACACACACACACACACACACACACACACACACACACACACACACACACACACACACACACACACACACACACACACUUUGUUUCUCACUGUAGAGAACAAACAAUUGACGAGUUGAUGCCAGAAAGUUGUUGGUACUCACAGUGCAGAUGCGUAGGCACAUCAGCAUCUGUUCAUACGUAUCCACAAACACAAACAUUUAGUGUGCGUACAGUUAACACUCCAUCCCCCGAGCACACAGCCGCUUGUAUAAACAGCACACCCUCCCCAGGCUUCGUCAACAACUGCCCUUUACUUUUACAUCAACAGAGGAACAGUUUCCUAUCUGGUUACACUCCUGUCCUGUAUGCAUGCACCUGUCACCGUGUCCAGAGGACAACCUGUUCUGGCCAAACAGGUUGGAAACACAGAGACAGGAGGGAGAGAGGGCUUCGGUGAAUCAGCUCAUUGUCUGUUACGUGGAGCUCUCACCACUGACUCAAGUCCGAGCUCUCCAAGGAGAAUAAAGGUCUUUGAGCAGGUCUCUGAUUUCAUUGCAUCAGCUCCCGGAAUCAGAAACAGGAGGAAAGGGGGAUUUUGGCAGCUCAGAACACGACAGUAGAACCUGUUCAUCUUUAUUCUGUUUCUAUUUUAAAGAGUAAAACUCACUUUUCUCUGUCUCCCUUAGAGGCGGAGUGUCUCUGCCAAGCCUUGGCCUCAAUAGCAGACGCUGGACACUAGAUCCUGAUCACUCAUCUGGAUUGCAGAGCACCAGGACCUCCUGUCUGCCGGUGCCCCCUAGACACAGGUAAAUACUGUAGCUGGACUUAUCAUAAAGCCUUUGGACACGACCUGAACCUGCAAGGAGCAAACCAAACCAAGAGCAACUGCUGCAACCAUGAGCUUCAAAUGUAAACCAGACCAUCAGGUGUAGAUGUUCUUUUUUCUGAAGAGGUUUUCUGUUAUUGCUCAUCUUUCUGGGUGACUGGAAAACAACAUUCAGUGGACCUGAGAAAAAAAACAGGGCUUUAGUUAAACUUUAACUCCUCCUGCACAUCUUGCUCUCCGCUGUAGCUCCAUGCCCCCAUUUCAAUUAAGAUCCCUAAAAGUAGAAACCCAUCUUUUAAAAAAUAUAUAGCUCAACUGUUCACAUGUUGUCAGUGCUAUUUGUAAUUACCGACCCUGAGCAUCUCAAUGACUAUUCUCAGUUUAGACAUUCAGGGUUCUUAGAUUCUUCUGUUAAUUUGUCUUCCUCAGGCAGAGAACCAGAAGUGUAGCUGCUGCAUCCUCGUCUUCCCCGGGUCGAACGUUUGUGGCCGAACCCAGCGAGCUCAGUCAAUCAGCACCCAGCAUAAUGGAGCCCCUUCUGUCCUCAAACACGAUGAUGCAGGCUAGAGCGCACAUCCAGUCACGUAAGUGAAUAACGUAUAGAUUAAAGUACUGUGACAUGGAUUUUGUUUCCAAGUCUUCAUUUGUCAGUGAUUACUUGUUUUUAAGUUUUAUUCAGAUGGAAAUCUCUUCCUGUCUGCAGGGCUGGGUGCUCAAGAUACUGCAACUGAACAAAAGGUAGAUUUCAAAUCCACCCUUGUGUCUUGUAAAGAACUAGGAGAAGUAAAAGCUAUCAGCCCUUCUUGUUCAAAUCCUUGCACACUGUUUAUAGUCUGUUCCCACAGAUUCAUAACUCAGGCCUCCUGUUUGCCAAUGUCCUUCUCUUCAGCAGUUUCCACAGAGACCCUUACCAACUCCUCAUCCAAGAACACCCAGACUGUUGGCACCACUAGACAGCAGACUCAGGGAUAUCAUACCUCUACCAGGACUUAAGCACCCUAUUCCCUUAAAACCUAUCAGCCGGAGUCCACUUUGCUCCAGAGCCAGGCUGAAGAGGGGCGGACUUUCCCGAGGCAGCUCACGCUUAGGUCCUUUGACAACCAAAGGUGGCAGUGAGGACAGCGGCUCCAGCAGCAGCCAGAGCUCCAUGGAUCUAGAGGAUGAAGAUGAGGGAGUAUCAGGGGGAGUCCAUCUGAAGUUUGUUGGAGACCUAUUGCUGCAGACUUCAAACAACGUGAGCUCCAGUGUGACCGAUUCAGUCAGCAACACAACGGGGUGUUCAAAAGUACCACCGAGAACAAGGCAUUUUUCACAGAUUCACAGAUCGGCUCAUGAUCUGAAUGAAGAGCCUUUUAACCACUCAGAUGAUCCUUUUAGAACUGUAACAUACACAACCUAUCACUGUGAAGACAAAGUCAACCAAAUAAGCGACACAAAAGACCAUGUUGACAGCAAUACCUUCACAAAACAACAAGGAAACACUCUGAAUCUGACUCAAGUGACUAUAAGUAACGAAAUGCCUAUCACAUCCAAGCCACAAGAGGAAAGGACCAGUGCAGGCUACACACCAGACCCUCAAACUGAGGUUAGCAACAGGACAUCAGUAAACAAAGACCAGAGUGGUGUGGAAAAGAGUUCACGAAAUGACCAAACAAAAUGGACAGAAAAAACAUUCAAGGAUUGUUUUUAUGAAAAAACCUUAAGAGACGACCCGGAUCAGAAAUUGGAUCUAAUGACAGCUGAUAAUAGAAAUGUGGAUACCAGUGGAGACACAAAGUUGUCAAAGGUCUUAAAGUCUGUCCAGAAUAAGGAGAGAAAAGCUACAAAGAACUGUGAAGCAGAAGCAGAAAUUCAAACCAACCCUGAGUCCUUCAGUAGACCGCCAAACAAAGACCGGAUCAGCUCCAAUCGGAUCAAGAUCAAAGAAAACCUCAAAACACUUUCCACUCAAGUUGAGGUCAAAACGAGGAAAAGUCAUGAGUUAAAAAUAAACGGAGAGUCAGUCACGAAGGUAAAGUCAAAGCUCAAGUGUGUUAAAGGUACUGCCACUUCAUCACCGCGAAAGAAGGUUACAGAUCCUGCACACAGCAGAAGAGCAACUCCUGACAGGUCAAAUAUCAACAAAGAUCAACAGCACCUUCCCAAAACAGAGCCAAAGAGCGCCCGACAGUUGAAGAGACCGAGUCUAGAGGGUUCAUCAAGAUCCAGAUCUGUUCUGGACUUCAUCACCUACAAAGACAUGUUUCAGCAGAUACAGAGUGGGGACAAAGGACCAGCCAUUUAUGAGAUGUUUGCUGGUCCCAUCUAUGAGAACCUUCGAGUUUCCAGCUCCUGUGAGAAGGUUAAGGACAGACAAGUGCGGUCUGCGCCGCCUCGUAAGACACACAAAGUCAAACAAAGACCGAUGAAGCAACCACAGAGCAAGCAGAGGAGGAGUCUGGCAGAUAGUACAGAAGACUCACCUAAAAGCAAAGCGAAACUCUCAACCCCCCGAGCAAAACCUCAAGUAACAUCUGCACCAAGGAGGGGCACAGAGAAAAUAAAACAAAUACUGGAUGGACACUCAGACACUGAGCUUCAUGCCUUGACGGAAGCUGGUAGUUGUCCUAAUAGUUCUGAAGAGACAGCUGGAGAUCAGAUGCUUCCCACCAUAGAGGAAGAUCUCUCAAGGUAUGAGUCUGAAAUAUUAAAAUCUGACAACAAAACACUGACCGGACCAGCGACCUUAUCUCACUCUGGAUAUAGUUACCCUCAAGAGAAAGACGGGAAUUCUUCAACAGGAUGUCAAAAUCUACUGAUGUCUGAGUCAUCUCAAAGCCCACAACAUCCCAAGAUCAACACCUGGACUUCCUCCAGCAGCAACAACCACACCAUCAUGUCCCCAGUUUACCAGAGGUUUCUGGAUGGGGUUGGGGACGGACCGCUAACUGAUGAUCUGCUGCAAUGUCUGGCUGAGGAGCUGAUCUCAUUGGAUGAGAGGGAUGUAUCCACAGGUCCUGACCCAAGUGAAAAGGAGUAUGAUGGGGAAAGCAAUCUCCUGAUGGUAAGACAAACUUUUCCUGAGGUUUAUCACUAAUUACUAAUUCAAUAAAGCUUGAUUAACAUGUGCAAAAACUUGUCUUACGUUCUACCUUGAAGAAACUAAAUGAAUGAUUUUCUAAACUGUUUCUUGUUAUUGCAGGUGAAUAAAACAGAAAAUGUAGAUCUGCUUGGCUCUGGGUUGAUUGUAGAUGACAAUAUUUCAUGGACAAAGGGUGAAGUGCUCGGCAGAGGAGCCUAUGGGACUGUGAGUAUUCAUAUCAAAUAAAGAAAUAUAGUAAACAAAUAAACUCUCAAGCAUUCACAUCAAUCGUCAACUUACCUUGGCUUUUUUACUUACCAGGUCUACUGUGGCCUGACCAGCCGGGGCGAACUCAUAGCUGUAAAGCAGGUAAGCCUGGACGCCUCUGACCCUGAUGCUGCAAAGAGAGAGUACAACCGUCUCCAAGGGGAGGUGGAUCUGCUUAAAACUCUUCGGCACAACAACAUUGUGGGUUUCCUCGGGACCUCGUUGCAUCAGCAUGUAGUUUCCAUCUUCAUGGAGUACAUCCCAGGAGGAUCUAUUGCCAGCAUCCUUCACAGGUUAACUUGAUUUAAAACAGCUUGACCCUCAUGUAGAACAAUCUUUAUUUUUUUCUUCGACAUUUAUCUUGAAAAAUGGGUUUCAUCCCCCUUUAACACCAAUUGUCUGUUCGACUGCCUCAGGUUUGGCCCCCUGCCGGAGCGUGUCCUGGCUCUCUACACCCAUCAGAUCUUGGAAGGGGUGACGUUCCUUCAUCUGAACAGGGUGAUUCAUCGUGACUUGAAGGGAAACAAUGUCAUGCUGAUGCCAACUGGUGUCAUCAAGCUCAUAGACUUCGGCUGCGCACGCCGUCUGAGCUGCCUCAACCACACUGCAAGCAACAGCGGAGAUUUGCUAAAGUCGGUCCAUGGCACGCCUUACUGGAUGGCACCAGAGGUAAAGUUUUAGGACAUGAUUUUUAUUUCUUUCACUGGAAACCUAAACUUGUAGAGUUUGACGAGUUUGUUUCCCACUCCUCAGGUGAUCAAUGAGACAGGAUACGGCAGGAAAUCAGACGUAUGGAGUGUUGGUUGUACCGUGUUUGAGAUGGCUACAGGGAAACCACCGCUAGCACACAUGGACAAGAUGGCUGCUUUGUUCUACAUCGGGGCUCAAAGAGGAAAGAUGCCCUCCUUACCAGAUGGGUUUUCACAAAGUGCAAAGGACUUUGUCAAGAUUUGCCUAACAAGGUGAGUUUUUGACAAUUCACAAAUAACACAGACUUGUUUAGGAAUACUUUACUUAUUCUUAUGUUUGUUUUUAACUCUAGUAACCAGAGACAACGACCGUCUGCAGAGAAACUACUAACGCAUCCGUUCAUUCCCCAAAAUGAGACUGGAGCGAACUCGUGGGAAACACAGAGGAGGAACCGCUGUGGUCACCUGGAGGGACUGUGUGGAUAACAAUCAGCGUAUUUUCAGUGAGAUAUGUAGUUAUUUCUUCCAGAGUGGUUUCGCAAAACAUGAAUAAUUUUGGGCUCUAUACCCUACAGAUGUAUGAGAGGUUUUUAGAAGAACCCGGCUUAU